AUUCAUAUCAAGGACACCAGACUGAACAGACUCAAGAAAUACCCAUCAUGUCUACCAGUACCGAAGAUGAACCGCCAGAGGAUCGCAUGAUGGAUAUCCAUCCCACAUCCAGCGCAGGAGGCGUUUUUUCUUCCCGUUUACUUCAGCGCAAAAUUUCAAUCCAUGGAGAAAAGGUUACAGAUACUAAAGAGGUUGACCUGGAGGUCGCAUCUGUCUUGGAAGCGCCAGAAGUGGAGGAGAGAGACUUCCACAAGAAGCAGGUAUUCAAAGGAUGGACACUGGCAUGGCUCGCUUAUCAGUCACUAGGUGUCAUCUAUGGCGACAUCGGAACAAGCCCUCUAUAUGUCUACUCGUCUACUUUCAGCAGCGAACCGAGCUAUGAGGAUAUCCUGGGAGCUGUGUCAUUUGUCAUCUGGGCACUCACCAUCAUGGUCACAAUCAAAUAUGUUUGCAUAGUGCUUCAUGCAGAUGAUGAGGGUGAAGGAGGAACAUUCGCUAUAUACUCACUUUUGUCACGAUAUGCUAGACUCGUUCGACACGACCCUCGCCACACCAAUCUCCUUAAAAUGCAGCGGCAUAAUACAAACGAUCUGCAAAAGCCGAAUCUGAUGACUCGCAAGUUUAUGGAGCAAAGUGCAUUCAUCAAAUGGGCAUUAAAAAUUGUCGAUGGAGUUUUAACCCCUGCACAGUCUAUUCUUGGCGCAAUUCAAGGGAUUACUGUUGUGAACCCGAAUAUCUCUUCCUCCACCGUCGUUGGUGUGUCGUGCGCAAUUCUCGUCCUCGUUUUUGCCAUCCAACCUUUUGGAACCAGCAAGAUUGCGAACACCUUUGCUCCAAUUGUGAUACUGUGGAUGGCCUUUAAUUUCUCAUUUGGAAUUUAUAAUCUGGUCAUGUAUGAUUCGUCCGUGCUCAAAGCCUUCUCUCCCUACUUUGCGGGCUCUUUCUUGAUGCGCAAUGGAAAGGAUGGAUGGUUACAAUUGGGAGGAAUUUUGCUUGCAUUCACCGGUGUUGAGACAUUGUUUGCAGAUCUUGGAGCAUUUAGCCAACGGGCAAUCCGAAUCUCGUGGCUCUGUUUUGUCUAUCCAUGUCUUCUGCUGUCGUACAUUGGCCAAGGCGCUUACAUUAGCCGAGUGCCCAGCGCAUACGCUAAUCCAUUCUACCUCACUGUCCCGCCUGGUAUGCUAUAUCCAAGUCUCGUGGUGGCAAUCCUCGCGUGUAUCGUUGCAAGCCAGGCCGUCGUCACUGGAUCGUUUCAAUUGCUUUCCCAAAUUAUGAAGUUAUCGUACUUCCCUCAAGUGAAAGUCUACCACACUUCAAAGACUUUCCAUGGGCAAGUAUACAUUCCUCUCGCCAAUUGGCUUAUGAUGAUUGGAAGCAUCAUUGUCACAGCCGUCUACAAUAAUACCACUGCCCUCGGCGAAGCCUAUGGAGCCUGUGUCAUACUUGUCUCCUUCCUCACGACCUGCAUGGUGACAGUCGUCGCACUCAUUGUGUGGAGGCUACCAAUAUACGUGGUCCUUCCUGUGUUCCUCAUUUUCGCGCUCUGGGAUGGAAUGUUCCUCUCAGCCGCCUUGAGCAAGGUUCCCCAUGGUGCAUGGUUUACUUUGGUGAUAGCUGUUGUACUGACCUGUAUUUUUGUCCUCUGGCGGUAUGGGAAAGAGGAGCAGUGGAAAGCAGAAGAGUCCGAUAACACACCUCUAUCCAAAACAACCGCGUUGAAAGAAAACAAGCUCGCCCUCCGGAACGGGUCCGAGAAUUCUGCCAUUGCCACUAUCAACGGUCUGGGAAUAUUUUUCGACAAAUCUGGCAGCUCUUCUAACACGCCGACGGUCUUCCUUCACUUCCUACAAAAGUUCAGCGCGGCACCCGAGGUGACCGUGUUCCUUCAUCUGCGACCGCUAUCUAUGCCUAUCGUCGCUCCAGACGAACGGUAUGCAGUUAGUCGUUGCUACACAUACGGCGCCGGUCCCAAUAAGCAAGCCAUUCCGAAUUGCUACAGGCUUAUAGUUCGUCACGGAUACACAGACGAGAUAGUCACACCUGAUCUUGGAAUCUUAGUACUUGAUCUGGUUCGGAGUUUCUUGACCUCCCAAAAGAAUUCGGGAGCACCAGAGAGCAAUAUAGAAAGAUUAGAUGCACUCCAUCGGGCUUGGAAGUCUCAGGUGAUCUACAUCGUGGGGAAAGAGCAAUUGAAGAUUCCGGCGAAGACGAAUAUUGUUCGUCGCUUCUUCCUCUGGGCAUUCUUGUGGAUGCGAGAUGCCAGUCGGACUAAAGUUCAACACUUAAAUGUGGAGACUGACAGGGUGGUGGAGGUGGGCUUUGUGAAAGAAAUGUAAGCCACGUUUCAGUGGCCGUUCAGACUACAUAUUGCGG